AUGUCGUGCUCCGGUGUCUCCAGCCCGAGACAGAGCUUCGUGAGUCCGAUGGUUCCGUUCUCUGGGACAAUCCUCGGAGGACUGGCCCCUGGUGAGAUGCUCCUGAUCCAGGGAAGUGUCCCUACCGACGUGGACCGGUUCCAGGUGGACCUGACGUGUGGCAGCAGUGUUUCUCCCAGGGCAGACGUGGCCUUCCAUCUGAAUCCUCGAGUGAAGAAGAAGUGUGUGGUGUGUAACUCUCUGGUGCAGGAGCGCUGGGGCCGAGAGGAAAUCCACAAGGUCAUGCCUCUGAGACCAGGAGAGGCCUUCGAGAUGCUCAUCCUGGUCCUCAGCCACCAGUACAAGGUGGCGGUGAAUGGAGCUCACCUGGUAGAGUACAAACACCGUGUGGAUCUGAGGAGAGUGGACACUCUGCUGAUCCAGGGGAAAGUCCACAUUCAGACCAUCGCAGUACUGCCCAGCCAGACGGCGGUUCUGCGUCCAGAGCCUCAGAGCAGAUCUCCAAACACUGCUCCAGCUCUGUGCUCAAAGGGAGAUCUGAUGGUUCCGUUCAGAGCUGACAUCGACAAAGGCCUGAGUCCUGGACGCAGCAUCACAAUCAGAGGACGGACCACCCCCAAUGCACAGAGCCUGUGCCUGAACCUGGAGGUUGGAGGAACCUCAAACAUUGCGCUGCACCUGAACCCUCGCCUGAAGGAGCAGACGUUUUCGAGGAACUCGUUUCUGUUCAACUGUUGGGGACCAGAAGAGACCGAGAUCCAGGACUUCCCCCUCGGUCCAGACCAGUAUUUUGAGAUGAUAGUCCAGGUGGACCUGGGUCAGUUCCGUGUGGCCCUGAAUGGUUCUCAUCAGUUCAGUUACAAACACAGAGUCCAGGACUUGAGCUGCAUCAAUGCUCUGCAGGUCAGCGGCGACCUGAGGCUGGAGGAGAAACUAGAACAUUCCUUUAUCAUGUGA